CCCAACAUCAGUUGCCGAUAUCGAACGCCUUCCUCAAGUCUUUCUUGUAUAUGCCUUUUUGAUACCCCUGGGCGCCAUGUUCUAGAUAUCUGUGAUUUAUGCAUACGAAAACGACCAUCAAUUUCGCGCGUCUCCCACCAUGACAUCAUCCGAGGCCCUCAGAGGGCUCCUUCGAAAUACUGCGACUCGCCGCACGUCUCGCGUUAGCCUUGCCACACGCGCUCCUACGAGGAGGUUGAUCUGUACGGACUGUUUGCGCACGCUACAGCUGCAGAGAAACGGGUGGAAUGGAGCAAAUGCGCCCAGGGGAGCUGCUGCGACUGCGCAUAGCUCGCUUAGGUUGAGGCCUGGGGCGUACAGAGGGCACGCGCAAGAGGUGCAGGCUGCUGUACUGGAAAGGGAAUCAGAGAGCCGGAAAAGUGCAGAUCGCACCCCUAUGGAAGAAUACGAUUUGCGCGUAGAAAGCGGGCGUCUGCGAAACGACGAGCACCAGCGCGGUCUCAUCCAGUUCCUAGAUGACCUUCACGCCGAGCUGUCGCGAUAUGAGCAACCACCAGUCCAACCCCCGGCGAUAGAAGACCUGAAACCCCAAAAACGCUUCUGGUCGUUCUUCUCUUCCACGGAUUCUUCAAAACCUCCGCUCUCCCCGAUUCCAGACUCCUUACCCAAGGGUCUGUACAUGUACGGCGAUGUUGGCUCCGGUAAAACAAUGCUCAUGGAUCUCUUCUAUGACACCCUUCCGCCCAACAUCACCAAGAAGACGCGCAUCCACUUCCACGCCUUCAUGCAAAGCGUACACAAGGACCUGCACAAGAUCAAGAUGCAUCACGGCAACGAGGUCGAUGGCAUUCCCUACGUAGCUGCCGGUAUCGCCGAGCGUAGCAGCGUCCUCUGCUUCGACGAGUUUCAAUGCACAGACGUCGCAGACGCCAUGAUCCUACGGCGGUUGAUAGAAUCCUUAAUGGCCCAUGGCACCGUUUUGGUCACAACCUCGAACCGCCAUCCAAACGACCUCUACAAGAACGGCAUCCAGCGCGAGUCCUUCAUCCCCGCCAUUAACCUCCUCAAAACGAAACUUUCAGUUAUCAAUCUGGAUUCGCAAACAGAUUACAGGAAAAUUCCCCGUCCGCCGUCAGGCGUGUACCACCACCCGCUCGACAAAUCAGCGGCCAGCCAUGCAGAGCGGUGGUUCAAGUUCUUGGGCGACCCCGAGAACGACCCUCCGCACCGCGCCGUGCACCACGUCUGGGGCCGCGAGAUCGAAGUCCCGAAAGCCAGCGGGCGCUGCGCGUGGUUCAGCUUCGACGAAAUCAUCGGUCGUGCGACCGGUGCGGCAGACUAUCUCGAGCUGAUGCGGAACUACGAUGCGUUCAUCAUCACCGACGUUCCGGGAAUGAACCACAAGAGCAGGGAUCUCGCGAGGCGGUUCAUCACUUUCAUCGACGCGAUCUAUGAGAGCCGCGCCAAACUCGUAAUGACCACCGCCGUCCCGCUAACCUCUCUCUUCCUUUCCGCCUCGGAGCUCCAAGAUGCCCUCACCACCGAGCAUCCAAAGGGAACCCCGCGCUCCGCCGACGACGGCGCCGACGUCUCGGACGUUAUGCGUAGCCUGAUGGAUGACCUUGGCAUGAACAUGAGCAUGCUCAAGAAUAGCAACUUGUUCACGGGAGACGAAGAAAGGUUUGCGUUUGCGCGGGCUUUGUCGAGGUUGAGUGAGAUGGGGAGUGUGGAGUGGGUGGAGAGAGGGUUGGGAAUGGAGGAGAAGGGCGGGAAGGGGGAGAAGGACGGGUGGCAGAGGGUUAAGAGUAAGUGGAGGGAGGAUAGCAUGUAGGCAACGAGAGAGGUCGAGGGAGAUGUGUACUGUAAGGUGCGGAUUCGUUGAGGUUUGUGGUGUUAGGUGGGGCCCUGGAUGUUGCCGUUUGAGCGGCAUCGGUUGUGUUUGGUGCUGUCAUGUUCCUGGUCGGAGAGGGCGAUGCGGGAUGUUGAGUGUUGAGCUGUGAUACCCACGCGGCGACCGUUGAAUUUCGUAGAAGAAUUAUAGCGCUGGACUAGACCAAUAAACACAAAAUCGG